AUGGUCUCUGAUCCUAAUGAUGGUUUGUUGCUUCGAGAAAAAGCUUCCAAGAUGAGCAUAUAUACCCGAUUAAAACAAAAAGUUCCCUUUUGCAAAAAGCCAGUCAAGUAUUGGAUUAUUGCUGAGCCUAACUCCUUCAAGGGAUGUCCGAUACGCUUAUGUACUCUCUUCAAAUGCUAUAUUGUACACAAUUAUUUGAAAUCAGAUACUCCAUUAUACAGCAGCUAUUCUAAUACAGACUAUGAAUUCUAUAAACGUAUGUCGCGUUUGGAUGAUCCCGAAUCCUAUUUUAGGAAUAUAUUUUUAUCCAUGUCGUACAUGAUGGUAGGCCGUGACUCUGACCAGAGGAAAUUUUAUUUUUCAACGACGAUUACUGAAGACGCUAAAGCAGAGCUCACUAAAGAACUCUCUACAUAUGCGCCUACCCCUGAUAUUUCAAGCGCAUUCUUUGAUGUCGAAUUGUCUGGUCGGUGUUGUCGCUAUCCUCCUACUGGUGUUCUGCCACUUUUGGAUUUAUUACAAAAUAACGAUAUAGCAUUUUUGCCGCCUUCAGAUUAUGGGUCUGUACCAUGCGAGGUCUUUUUUUACCAUUUUAGAGAACCAGAAGCCAUUGUCUAUCGCGAUUUGUUUAUGGUGUAUAGAAGUAGAGCAGUCAAACGUGGAUAUUCACCUGGCUUUCACAACAUUUUGAAGGUUUUUCAUGAUCCGCCUUAUGAGAUAUUUAUAACGAAUGUUGAUGAGAACGGGAAAAUUUUGGAAGAUAGAAAGGAGAGAUAUAAUGAAGUUUACAACGAGCGUGAUGUUACUUGGGCAGAGAGACAUUGUUACCAGAAAUAUACUGUCUGUAAAGUGAACCGAAUGAGGAAAUGGUCAAGUAGUUAUUUCACAUUGUCGUUUCUGCAAGACCAUUUGGGAAGGAACCCUGUAUUCCAUCGAAAGGGUAAGAACCGCUACAAAAUUAUGGCACGAUCUACCGAGAGUAGUUAG